UUAGCUUUGCAAUUGGUUGAAGUCUGUGGAAGUGUGAUUUUAGCAUUUAAGUUUUCAAGUGAAGAAAAUAAAUUUUAAUUUCUGUUAUUUUUGUUUCCUGUUAAUUAAUUGAAUCAAAUUAAAACUAAAAACAUGAGUGGUGACUUCGAACCUUUGGAACCUAGUUUAAAAAAUAUUAUCGAACAAUCAUCAUUGAAAUGGAUAUUUGUUGGUGGAAAGGGCGGUGUUGGCAAAACAACAUGCAGCUGUAGUCUAGCUGUUCAACUUUCGAAGGUUCGGGAAUCAGUAUUGAUAAUUUCAACUGAUCCAGCGCAUAAUAUUUCGGAUGCAUUUGAUCAAAAAUUCACGAAAGUUCCAACAAAGGUUAAUGGAUUUAGCAACUUGUACGCGAUGGAAAUUGAUCCGAACGUCGGUCUCAAUGAACUUCCCGAUGAAUAUUUUGAAGGAGAGAAUGAUGCUCUUAAGCUGAGCAAAAGUGUGUUGCACGAGUUUAUUGGAGCUCUGCCUGGUAUUGAUGAAGCUAUGAGCUAUGCGGAGGUCAUGAAGUUGGUUAAGGCAAUGAACUUCUCAGCGGUCAUUUUUGAUACUGCUCCAACUGGACACACUUUGCGAUUGCUUUCAUUUCCACAAGUGGUUGAAAAAGGAUUAGGAAAACUUAUGCGACUAAAAUUAAAAAUAGCUCCAUUUAUUUCUCAAUUCGGAUCACUACUUGGACUACAAGACUUCAGUGCUGAUGCUUUGACAGUGAAACUAGACGAAAUGCUUACCAUAAUUAGACAAGUCAACGCCCAAUUCAGAGAUCCAGAUCAAACAACAUUUGUGUGCGUUUGCAUUGCCGAAUUUCUUUCGUUGUAUGAAACUGAAAGACUUGUGCAAGAGCUAACAAAAUGCGGAAUCGAUACUCACAACAUCAUUGUCAAUCAGUUGUUAUUUAAGAAAACGGACCAACAACCAUGUUCGAUGUGUGCUUCCAGAUAUAAGAUUCAAGAAAAGUACCUUGACCAGAUAGCUGAUUUAUAUGAGGAUUUCCAUGUUGUAAAAUUGCCGCUUUUGGAAAAAGAAGUACGAGGUGGCGAUAAUAUAAAAAAGUUUUCUGAAAAUCUUAUUCAGCCCUAUAGUCCAAACUGAUACUUUUCUAAAUCCUUGGUAUUAUAAAUAUAAAUAAAUGCCUUUAUUUUAAUUUGCUUUCAUAUGUUAAAUUAUCGCAAUACUUCACCAAGCAAUUUAGAAUUCCCAAUUAAUCGAUAGUUUGAUUGUGCUUCCAAGAAAUUUGUUUGAAGGCGAUUCUCUUAAAUUUACAGAUAAUAAUUUUUAAGCUGGGGAUAAAAUACAUAUUUAAAUAAAGAAAUAUGGAUUUAUAGAA